AUGUUUUGCUGUUGCAGAAGCCCAAAUUACUACAACUACCCGUGCUCCUACGACCACUGGAUCACCAACGACUACAGCGGCCCCGACUACCGGAGCCCCGACUACCGGAGCCCCGACUACCGCAGCCCCGACUACCGCAGCCCCGACUACCGCAGCCCCGACUUCAGCCCCGACCACUGGAGGAUCAACAACCACUGGAGGGUCGACAACCACUGGAUCGACAACCACUGGAGUAUCAACAAGCACUGGAGUAUCAACAACCACUGGAGGAUCAACAACCAUUGCAGUACCAACAACCACUGGAGGAGCAACGACCACUGCAGUACAAACAACCACUGGAGCAUCAACAACCACUGGAGGAUCAACAACCACUGGAGGAUCAACAACCACUGGAGUAUCAACAACAGUUGGAGGAUCAACAACCACAGCAGUACCAACAACCACUGGAGAAUCAACAACCACUGGAGAAUCAACAACCACUGGAGGAUCAACAACCACUGCAGUACCAACAACCACUGGAGGAGCAACGACCACUGCAGUACAAACAACCACUGGAGCAUCAACAACCACUGGAGGAUCAACAACCACUGGAGGAUCAACAACCACUGGAGGGUCGACAACCACUGGAGAAUCAACAACCACUGGAGUAUCAACAAGCACUGGAGUAUCAACAACAGUUGGAGGAUCAACAACCACAGCAGUACCAACAACCACUGGAGAAUCAACAACCACUGGAGAAUCAACAAGCACUGGAGUAUCAACAACAGUUGGAGGAUCAACAACCACAGCAGUACCAACAACCACUGGAGAAUCAACAACCACUGGAGAAUCAACAACCACUGGAGGAUCAACAACCACUGGAGAAUCAACAACCACUGGAGGAUCAACAACCACUGCAGUACCAACAACCACUGGAGGAGCAACAACCACUGCAGUACAAACAACCACUGGAGCAUCAACAACCACUGGAGGAUCAACAACCACUGGAGAAUCAACAACCACUGGAGGAUCAACAACCAAUGGAGGAGCAACGACCACUGCAGUACAAACAACCACUGGAGCAUCAACAACCACUGGAGGAUCAACAACCAAUGGACGAUCCACGACAACUGGAGGAUCCACAACUACAGGAGGAUCAAUAACCAUUGGAGGAUCAACAACCCCUGGAGGUUCAACAACAACAGGAGGAUCAACAACCACUGGAGAACCAACAACCACCGGAGGUUCAACCACGACUGCAGAACCAACAACUGCUGGAGGAUCCACAACACCUGGAGUGUCAACAACAGGAUUAUCAACAACAACAGAAGGAUCAACAACCACUGGAGGAUCAACAACCACUGGAGUUUCAACAACCACUGGAGGAUCAACAACCACUGGAGGAUCAACAACCACUGGAGAAUCCACAACAACCGGAGUGUCAUCAACAACCACACAGGGUACAACAACAGGAAUAUCAACAAACACUGGAGUUUCCACAACGAGUGGAGGGUCAACUACCACUGGAGGAUCAACAGCAACAACAACCACAGGAGUAUCAAUAACAACUGGAGGUUCAACAACCACAGAAGCCCCUACAAUUAGCACUCCAGUUUUUGUUGUCACCUCAGUGAUAAUACAGCCAUUCAUUCCUGCUUAUAAUAAUAAUACCUCGCCCGAAUAUAGAGAGCUUGAGAGCAGAGUGGUGGAAACGUUCAACGCGAUCUACCGUGCUCAAUUUGGCGUGCAGUUCAUAAGGACAAUCGUCAUCAGAUUUAG